CCCUCCUCCUCUGUGUGUAGCGGGGGCAGUGAAGCUGAACAAGCAGCAGACAGACAUCGCCGUCAACUGGGCCGGAGGACUCCAUCACGCCAAGAAGUCUGAGGCCUCUGGGUUCUGCUACGUCAACGACAUAGUCCUCGCCAUCCUGGAGCUGCUCAAGUACCACCAGAGGGUGUUGUACAUAGACAUCGACAUUCACCAUGGAGACGGAGUGGAAGAGGCUUUUUCACCACAGACCGGUCAUGACUGUCUCCUUCCACAAGUAUGGAGAAUACUUCCCUGGUACAGGAGACCUGAGGCUGAUGUUGGGAGGUGGAGGUUAUACCAUCCGUAACGUGGCGCGCUGCUGGACCUACGAGACCGCCGUGGCUCUGGACAGCACCAUACCUAACGAGCUGCCUUACAACGAUUAUCAGCAAGAUUUGUGA